AUGAGAAUCUGGGUUCAGGGCGUAACACGAGGGGAGAUGCGGGAGCGAGUAGCGGAUGUGACUGUAGGAGCGGUGACGAUAGCGAGGCACGGGGUGGACGAGCAGGGUGCGUUUCACAUCCUGCCCUCCGACCCUCCAUGCAUGGUGCCAUGGGCCUCUGUGGAUGCCGCACUGAACCCCCUCAUGCCAUGCCCACACGGCCUGACUGCUGCUGCUGCUGCUGCUGCUGCUGGUGGUGGAGGAGGCUUGGGGGAAGACCCCAAGGGCCCUCCUCCCCUGGUCUGCACCAUAGUCCCAAGGAAGCCCACGCUCCCCCCCACAUCUGCUCUGUGCAGCUUCGUCUCCGCCCGCCUUUCCGCGUCGAAACCCCAACGGAGUUCCCAGCAGGCCAGCAGCAUCCUAGGAUUCACCUCAGCAGCACCGUCAGUAGUAGGCAUGGCUCCAUCAACGAAGUCUGCGAUUUUCUGCUCUGACGAGGACAUCAUGGUUGAUAUGGUGAUUGCUGCUAGCCAGAAGAAGGGGACAGUCGCUCUUCCGUCGUUCGGACGUGAACUUGUGCCAUACUUCGUUCCAGGCUUCACUAACUUUACUGAGGAUGCUGUUAACAUCAAUACGGACGUGGAUGCUAUUAGGAGGAAUGGAGCAAGUGUUCUUGAGAUUCCCCAGCCAGCCACGGUAGCUGGCGGCAUGCGGAAAGGUCGUGGCAACACACGGAGAUCCCCCAAGAAGAAUAGGUCGCGACAUGGGUCUCCUAAUAACGAUACUACAGCUCGUGACACGAAUAAUGGUGCUUCAGCAUCCGGCGUGGCGGUUAAUUCCUCAACAACCAGCUACACCGCUCCCGCAGCUGCAGCACCCCUUCCCUCCCGCGAUGUAAUUACUCCGCCACCUACCUCGGAAGCGUGGGCUGGUCCUGCGUACGUGAACUCACCUCCUCCUAGCUCUCUCCCUCUUCCCAGCUUCCUUAAGGCUCAGCUUAAGCCGAGCCCUUCCAACGUUCGUGUCUCAUCGUCGGAACCCUCUUCUCCUCUCAAGCAGUCAGCACCUGUUUCGACUGAUUUCGCUCAAGACUACGGCCGCGUUCCCGUGCCGUGUGCCACUGAGCACGUGAUGGCUUACCCGAUGAAUACGUUGGUGAUUGAAGGCAACCUGAAGAGGCUUCUUCAGGUCGCUUAG